UCUCUGAACGCAAACUCUUUCGUGGCUCCUCUGAAAAUAAUCUCCCCCCUUUUUCUCUCUGCGUUUACCUCAAUUGAGUUUCAGCCCUUUUGUUCGCUCUUCUUAUCACUUGGAAAAAGGUGAACCCUCGUGUUAUUUUUUAUUUUAAUCUUUGCUUUAAUUGUAGUUUUUACCCUUGUGGUCCCUGAUGGCUUCGCACAGUGAUACUCUGGUGGUGUUCUUUGGGGCAACAGCUGGUGCAAAUGGGGGUAAACUGGGUUCGGAUGAGAGGGAAAUAAUUCUCUUGGUGUGGCAAAUUGUGGAUCUACAUGAGAAAAAGGUCGGGAAGCUUCAUAGAUGUCUUGUCAAGCCAGACACUUUAGAGCUGACAGACCAGUGUAAAGAGGACACGGGGCUGACUGUGGAAGACAUCGUUAAAGCUGAUCCCCUGGACAAAGUUCUGCAACAGUUCCAGCAGUCAGUGUCAUCAGAAGUGAAAUGUCUCGGCAGAAGCUCUUUCACACUUUGCGUCAACAGUCCCCUUGUCAUCCGACAGGCCCUCCACCCCGAAGCUUCCAAAAAGAAUCUUGUACUUCCUGAAUGUUUCUUUUCAUUUGUGGACUUAAGGAGGGAGUUUCACAAAUGCUGCCCCAAUGCCAGCCCCUUGCAGAAGCUCACACUUGCCUCCAUGUUAGAAUAUGUUGGUCUUCCUGCUGUGUCAGAGCAGUCGAUGGGGGCGAGGGAGGUGAGCAGCAUGGUGCAGCUGACACUUCACAUCCUGGCUGAGCCCUACAACCACAAGUUCUCCUGUGUUGAAACGGUGAAGUACAAGUUUGAUUCCGGCACAUGCAGCAAGACAGAGCCAGUAGACAGUGAGACGGUGAUCAGAGCACGGGGGCUUCCAUGGCAGUCUUCAGACCAAGACAUUGCUCGCUUCUUUAAAGGCCUCAGUAUUGCCAAGGGUGGCGUGGCCUUGUGUCUUAAUGCUCAAGGCAGGAGGAACGGCGAGGCCUUAGUUCGUUUCAUCAACUCAGAACACCGGGACCUGGCCCUGGAACGCCACAAGCACCACAUGGGUAGCCGCUACAUCGAGGUCUACAAGGCCACAGGAGAGGAAUUCCUCAAGAUUGCUGGAGGUACAUCUAACGAGGUGGCCCAGUUCCUGUCCAAAGAGAACCAAGUGAUUAUUCGUAUGCGGGGCUUGCCGUUCACCGCAACACCCCAGGAAGUGCUGUCCUUCCUUGGUCCUGAGAGCCCAGUAACAGAUGGUGCAGAGGGUCUGCUCUUUGUCAAGUACCCUGAUGGACGGCCCACUGGCGAUGCCUUUGUGCUCUUCUCUUGUGAAGAGUACGCCCAGAAUGCCCUGAAGAAGCACAAGCAGAUCCUGGGGAAGCGGUAUAUCGAGCUGUUUCGGAGUACUGCGGCCGAGGUGCAACAGGUCCUGAACCGCUAUAUGUCCGCACCUCUGAUCUCCACACUGCCCCCUUCACCCAUCGUGCCUGUCCCGGUCCUUGCCACACCUCCAUACCUUCAAGCGGCCAGCAGCACUCGCGACUGUGUCCGCCUUCGUGGUCUUCCCUACACUGCCGGCAUUGAAGAUAUCCUGGAGUUCAUGGGAGAGCACACCGUAGACAUCAAACCACACGGAGUCCACAUGGUCCUCAACCAACAGGGUCGCCCCUCUGGUGAUGCUUUCAUCCAAAUGAAAUCGCCUGACAAGUCAUUUAUGGUGGCCCAGAAGUGCCAUAAAAAGACCAUGAAGGACCGUUAUGUCGAGGUGUUCCAGUGCUCCACAGAGGAGAUGAGCAUCGUGCUGAUGGGAGGAACCCUGAACCGCAGCGGCCUCUCCCCUCCACCCUGCAAGCUUCCCUGUCUAUCUCCCCCCACGGCCUACGCUGCCUUCCCCACCCCCCCUACCAUUCUCUCUGAGGCGGCCCUCUACCAGUCCCCCCUGCUGGCUCCUCCCAGACCACCUCACACCGUCACACACAGCCCUGCUCACACUCUGGCCUACUACCCUCCUCAUCCACAUCUGUACAUGAAUAUGAACAUGAACUACACAGCUUACUACCCCAGCCCCCCAGUUUCUCCUUCCACAGUUAGCUACUUUGCAGCUCCACCGGGAGCAGUGGCAGCCCAACCCCACCCUGCUGCAGCUGCCGGCUCUUCUGUGCUGCCUCAACCUGGCGCCCUAGUCAGGAUGCAGGGCCUGCCCUACAACACUGGAGUCAAAGACAUUCUCAGCUUCUUCCAGGGAUACCAGUACGCCCCUGACGAGUACAGCGGCAUGGUUCAGAUGAGUGAACAGGCCCGGAGUCUGAUUCAGCCCAAAGAAUGGCUCUGUCUUUAGGCACUCACCCCAAGCUCCAGCCAGACGCCGUUCUCAUCUUGUACAACUUCAGUGGCCAGUGCAGCGGCGAGGCCUUGAUCACCUUCCAUAGUGAGGAGAUCGCCAGGCGGGCCGUAGCCGAGCGCUCCAAUCACCCCUUCUACGGCCAGCAGGUCCACUUGGCCUUAUGUAACUGACCACUAGCCGUUCAUCUCUGUCCCCCGACUCCCCGUAAUUUAACCUCCCAUUGAAGAGCACUCGCCUCCCAAAAGCAUAUUAUGCAGCAACAGUUUUUUCCAGUUGAUCCCAGUGCCACUUAAAACAGCUAUUGAACCUCUCCCUUUUCCCGUGAUCUGCCAUUAUGAAUACACAGCUGGCUGGGACACUCCUGAAGCUGUUUGUUGGAGUUUGGACAUCACUGGUGAAGCAGCUGAAGUCAGUAAAGCUUCAUCUUGGGCUAAUGACUUUGUGGAUGUCCAGAUAGCAUUUCUGUGUAUUUGUGCCUUUUGUAAGAGAUGGUUGUGGAGAUAAAAUGGUGUGGAGCCUGGACAAAUAUGCAUAUAUGUGCCCCCCCCCCCCCCAAAUAUGUCUGUACAGAUGUUUAUCCUGAAAUGCUUGAGGCUGUACAAACCACUUCUGCACAUGAUCAUUGUUGUAUAUUUCUAAAAUUUCCCUCUUAACCACUACAAGACUUUGACUUUCCAGAGUUUAUCCUUUGUGUUAGCUCUAUGCAAACACAGAUGUGGGUAUGUGCAUGCACAAUGUUUAAGUUGAUGGCCUCUAGCAGUGUAGUGGUGCCAUUAAAAAGAGAGAGAAAGAAGCCAUAAAGACUACUGAAACAACAGGGGGAAUAUCUAACUGUAGUUCUCAACUGUACACCACAGAUGUGCCAGUGUACCAACUAAUUUGUAACUUUUUUCUAUAAAAAGCAUUUAUGUGUAUACAUACAGUAUGUCAUCCCAUUUAGAUAUUUUCCAAGCACUACAGAUUGAUUUUCUCUAAUGUAAGCGUUAAGUGACAGAGCGUCUUUAAUGGAGUAGGACAAACUGAUUCUAUUUUUAUUAAUCCCAUUUCCCUACGCAUUGUUUUGAGAUUUUGUUAUGAAAUAUAUAAAGUCAGAGGCGUAUCUUGAAGCCUUUUAUAAUGAUCGACCUCAGCUACUAGAUCGCCGUUUUGGUUUCCAGACGAUUUGUAACGAUCAGUCUGUAGCUGCUUUAAUUCCUGCUUAUGACCAGAUUACUGUGUAAAAGCUGCAUGAGUUUUUCUGUGGCAGGCCAGCUGACAACUGCCCCCCCCCCCCCACCCCUCUUUACCAUGCCUACAUUACCCAGAGUGCAAUACUAGCCCAAACACAGCUAGGUCAUCCUCUGGUGGCAGAGGAGUUAUGUUUCUUUUGUUGCAAGUUUGUCACUUGUAUGAAUUUAGAUCUGUGUAAGACUGUACACAAUAAAUAAUGUUGACAAUGA